CUCCUCCGCUUCCUCCUCGCUUUCGCCGAAGAAAGAAGCGAAGAGAUGGCCGCUCUCCGCUGGUCUCCGAUCGCCCUCCGCCCCGCCGUCGCCGCAGCUCCUUUCUCCGACUCCUCCUCGCCUGCCCGAGUGUCCUGCUUACUCCGCCGCCUCCCCUCCACCGCCCCCUGCCGCUUAAGGAUCCUCUCCCCUUUCCCCCGGCGCCACCGAGGAGGCGGCGCCCUCGGGGCCGUCAUGAUGGACUCUGCCGCUUCGAGCUACGCGACAGCACUCGCCGAGGUCGCCCAUUCGAGCGACUCCCUCGAGAAAACAGCAGCCGACGUCGAGAAGUUGGAGCAGGCGUUCGCCGACCCAGCCAUCGAAUCCUUCUUCUCCAACCCUACCAUCCCAGUGGAGCGGAAAGCCGAGGUGGUGAAGGAGAUUGCUUCCACCCUCGAGCUCCUCCCCCACACCGCCAACUUCCUCAACAUCCUCGUCGACAUGCGGCGUAUCGACAUCUUCAAUGAGAUCGCCAAGGAGUUCGAGUUGCAAUUCAACAAAAUCACAAACACGGAGGUCGCCGUCGUCUCCUCGGUGGUGGAUUUGGAAUCCCAGGACCUUUCCCAGAUCACGAAGGUGGUUCAGCAGUUCACCGGGGCCAAGAACGUGAGGAUCAAGACGGUGCUCGAUCCUUCCCUCAUCGCCGGAUUCACGAUCCGGUACGGGGCAACAGGGUCCAAGUUCAUCGACAUGAGCGUCAAGAAGCAGAUCGAUGAGAUCGCUACACAGCUCGAUUUCUCCUCCAUUUCCUUCUAAUUAUCAGGUCUACAUUUCGGUACUUUUCAUUCAUCUUCUCCAUUUGCACUUCUCCAACAGAUUGUGUAAGUAUCUAUAAUAUACGAUCUAUGAUACAUUUGUGAAUGAUCAAAUUGGUCCUUCAACUGUUUAGAGUGUUGAAGCUAAAUUUUUAAUGUGAUUUUGUGUUCUUAUA